AUGUUUGUCAGAGUGGUAGUCUUUGUGAAAAUGGUAAAAGCUUAUUGGUGUAAUCACUGUUUGUCAACAAAUCCCACGCCCAUCCCUCCACCUGCACUCCCUCCCACACUGAACAAAGAGACGGUCUCCAAAGCUCUGCUUCCCCAGCUGUUGCGUUGUGAGAGUCUGAGCCAUGAGAAGAGAGAGAGACGCUUCUGUCCCGCCCCCACAAAUACACCAGACACUCCUAACAGGCGGCAGACGAGCCGGCUCUUCCUCUCUUUUCACUGCCGCUUGUCUGCUGGACACAGCAAAGAGAAAAUGCUCCUGAAAACGGAUCUGAUGAGGAAUUGA